AUGAACAAGGGUUAAUCUCCAAGAAGAGAUCAUUCUCCCAACUUCUUCUAUCAAGUGACCAAUGAUAAUUACAUGUAUAAGAGAAGUGCAGAUACACAACCAACUGAUCCAAAUUGUAUGACCAAAUAAGCUAGAAAUUAUGUCAAUAACUAAAAUAUCACUAAUUCACCUAGACCUGCUGGAUCACCUUCAAGAAUGAAUUUUACAAUGCAAAACAAAUAUUUCCAUUAAUCAAAUAUCUUUGAUGGAGUUCAAUAAAAUAAAGAUUAUAAGCCCCCUGAAUAGCCAUUAAAAGAGAAAUAACGCGAUAAUAAGUCUCCUUCAAUUUUGAAUGGAGCUUAGAUAAACAAAAAUUUACAACUCUACCCUAGGUAAAUCAUAACCAAUAAUCAAUAAAUCAAAAUAAAUUACUAUUGA